GUGCAGGCAUGGUAAGAGAACUCUAACAGAAGGAAGAAGAGCUCUUAACAUGUACCCCUGGAUACUUCUCAUAGCAGGCUUCCUGCUCAGCUCUGCUGAUGCAUCUACUGGAACCCCAAACAUCAUCCUGAUAUUUGCUGAUGAUAUGGGCUAUGGAGACCUGGGUGUCUAUGGGCACCCCACUUCCCACACCCCCAAUCUGGACUCUAUGGCUGCCAGAGGACUACGCUUUACAAACUUCUACGCCACAGGGGCAGUGUGCUCACCUUCCAGGGCCAGUCUCCUAACAGGUCGCUUCCAAACUCGCUCUGGAGUGUACCCUGGUGUGUUCUACCCCAGCUCAGUUGGAGGUUUGCCUCUAAGUGAGGUUACCAUUGCUGAGGUACUGCAGUCACGUGGUUAUGUCACAGCCAUGGCAGGCAAAUGGCACUUGGGCCUCGGGCUGAAUGGGACGUUCCUGCCCACUCGACAAGGGUUUCAGCACUUCUUGGGAGUUCCCUAUUCCCAUGAUCAGGGCCCCUGUCAGAACUUAAUAUGCUUUCCUCCAGACAUCCGUUGCUAUGGAACAUGUGACUUUGGUGAAACUCUUUUGCCCGUGUUUAUUGAUGAGGAGAUCCUGCAGCAACCAGUAAACUUUACUGAACUUGUCCCUCUGUAUGAGGAGUUCAGUAAAUCAUUUAUGCAGAAAGCAGUUGAAGAGAAUAAACCCUUCUUUCUCUACUAUGCCGCACAUCACACUCAUUAUCCACAGUUUGCAAGUGCUCGCUAUACAGGACAAUCUAUAAGAGGAAAGUAUGGAGAUGCAUUGCUGGAAUUUGAUGGAACAGUAGGAGAUCUGAUAAAGACGGUGUGGGAUUUGGGAAUUCAAAACAACACACUCUUCAUCUUUACCUCUGACAAUGGGCCUGAAACGAUGCGCAAGGAAAGAGGUGGUACCUCUGGACUCUUAAAAUGUGGCAAAAGUACAACAUACGAGGGAGGCCUAAGAGAACCUGCAAUAAUGUACUGGGAAGGAACAAUAAAACCAGGAGUUACCUCUGAGCUGGCCAGCAUACUGGACAUUUUGCCCACAGUAGCAGCCUUGACAGGAGGCAGUCUUCCCAACGCUACAUUGGAUGGAUAUGAUCUGAGUAAACUGCUCCUUAAGUCUGAGAAAAGUCCAAGGAACACCUUUUAUUACUACCCACCCAAUAUUGAUCCAAACCGUGGCAUCUUUGCUCUGAGAAUGGGGAAAUACAAGGCCCACUUCUAUACUCAGGGAGCAUUUCAUAGUGAGACAACUCCAGAUCCAGACUGCCACAUAACAGCACUGUUGACUGCACAUAACCCACCUCUCCUGUUUGAUCUUGAUAUGGAUCCUGCAGAGAACUACAAUUUGUUAAAGCCGUUCAUUCCCAAGGACCUGGAACCUAUUUUGGCAGAAAUCCUGAGCGAGCGUGACAGAUUCCAUACGAAUAUGAAUUAUGCACCAAGUGAAACCAACAAAGGCAAGGAUCCAUCACUAAGGCCAUGCUGUAACCCAGAAUGCACUCCUAAACCAAGCUGCUGCCAUUGCUAACUUUCAGAUGGCCUUUAAUAAAGAUGCAGUGCCUUU